GUGUUGCCCACUGAGGAGUGGAAUGGAAUGCACCUGGAACUCACUUCCUCUUGAAGACGUCCAUUGAAUUAAGAAAGCAGUUUCAGGGGGUUUGGAUUGGGAGUGGUGGUAGCUGUGGGUUUGGAUUGGUAGUGAUGGUGGCUGGGGAAACAUGGAGAGGCCAGAGAGAGCCAUACUUGUAAAUUGUGCUAAGGAGAAGAACGCUGCCUAAAACGUCCUUUUUGGCCACUAGAGGCCCCUAUCAUCCUCUAUGAGGAGUGCCCUCAUUGCCCUUUCCAUCAUGGCCGCCUGGAGUGGCCUGCUUGCCGCUCAUAACGCAUGCGCAAUGAUUACAAACAAAUGUUUGAAAGAAAUUUACCGCGAAACUGUUGAAAUUAUGAAGCCUGUCCGGGGAUCGGAACGCGCCUCCUCCAAGGCACCUAAAGGCAAGAAGACAGGCGAGCCAAAUAAGCCCGGUAUAAAGACACGUCAACGGAGAGUAUCUCAGGAGGAGCCCCAGCCAGGAACCAGCAGCCAGAUCCCUCAGCCAAAACCACAGAAGAAGAAGAAGAAAGGUGGCACAGUUGCAAGUCCCAGGAAGCUGAAAGGUCAGGAGAAGUGGAAACCGCUGACCAAGUCCUCCAUUACGGCUCUAGACAACAUACUGGGACUGUCUAUACUGUCUGUUCUGGCCGGAAGACGGACUAACAAAGAGGAAUCGCAGAAACAUCUGAACAUGGUGAAAAACAGGUUCCUGUCUAAACUGGCUCAACUGUCAGUGCCAAUUCAGAAACAGGAAAUGAUGAGUCAUUCUUCUCGUCAACACCAGGAAGAGACGAGGAAGUCAGCCGUUGGCAAGAAGAUCCUCACCAAGCUGGUGGCGGAUCUGGGUGCUGUUGUGGGCUCUCUAGAACAGCGAGAGAAGGAGAGAGACUCCCUGGAGCACCAGUGUUUUAACCUCAGACAACAACUGGAGCAGCAGGAGGAGAGUAACCAGCAGAUCCUCCAGUUGUCAGAACAAGGAGUCCUGCGUCUCCCCCCUGUACCUCAGCGCAAAGACAGACCCUUACAGGAGCAGAUGUUGUGUCUGGUUCAUAGCAGACACUCCGUCACCACGGCCCGUCGCCUAGCCAAGACCCUCCAGACAUCAGGGCCGGUCCAGGAUGCUCAGACCCUACUGGAACGAGCCUACAGACACGCUGACCGCCUGAUCACUCCACCUACAGCUGUCAGCCAAUAGCAGGACUCCAUCCAGGCUGGUUGGACAAUAGCAGGACUCCAUCCAGGCUGGUUGGACAAUAGCAGGACUCCAUCCAGGCUGGUUGGACAAUAGCAGGACUCCAUCCAGGCUGGUUGGACAAUAGCAGGACUCCAUCCAGGCUGGUUGGACAAUAGCAGGACUCCAUCCAGGCUGGUUGGACAAUAGCAGGACUCCAUCCAGGCUGGUUGGCCAAUAGCAGGACUCCAUCCAGGCUGGUUGGCCAAUAGCAGGACUCCAUCCAGGCUGGUUGGACAAUAGCAGGACUCCAUCCAGGCUGGUUGGCCAAUAGCAGGACUCCAUCCAGGCUGGUUGGCCAAUAGCAGGACUCCAUCCAGGCUGGUUGGACAAUAGCAGGACUCCAUCCAGGCUGGUUGGCCAAUAGCAGGACUCCAUCCAGGCUGGUUGGCCAAUAGCAGGACUCCAUCCAGGCUGGUUGGCCAAUAGCAGGACUCCAUCCAGGCUGGUUGGCCAAUAGCAGGACUCCAUCCAGGCUGGUUGGCCAAUAGCAGGACUGUAUUAGCGAUAUAUAUGACCAUGUAUAAGCCAUGUGUUAUAUGGCUCUGGCAUGGGCUUUGCACGGACCACCUGACUUUAACUGCUACAUAGUUAACAUUGUAUUCUGUAAUGGGAGGAGCCCCAUUUGUUCAUAUCUGUAUUUUUUUCCCUAAGUGUUUCUUCUUUUGGCUGUAGAUGAUCAUUAAUAACCUGUAGAAGUGUUUUGGACUGUUUUGAUGAGUUCUUAUGAUGAAUAUAGUUCUGAUAAUGCCUCUAGUCCAGACAGGCUGGGUGACAGGUUGACUUCAGCCCUAAGAUAAUGCCUCUAGUCCAGACAGGCUGGGUGACAGGUUGACUUCAACCCUAAGAUAAUGCCUCUAGUCCAGACAGGCUGGGUGACAGGUUGACUUCAACCCUAAGAUAAUGCCUCUAGUCCAGACAGGCUGGGUGACAGGUUGACUUCAACCCUAAGAUAAUGCCUCUAGUCCAGACAGGCUGGGUGACAGGUUGACUUCAGCCCUAAGAUAAUGCCUCUAGUCCAGACAGGCUGGGUGACAGGUUGACUUCAACCCUAAGAUAAUGCCUCUAGUCCAGACAGGCUGGGUGACAGGUUGACUUCAGCCCUAAGAUAAUGCCUCUAGUCCAGACAGGCUGGGUGACAGGUUGACUUCAGCCCUAAGAUAAUGCCUCUAGUCCAGACAGGCUGGGUGACAGGUUGACUUCAACCCUAAGAUAAUGCCUCUAGUCCAGACAGGCUGGGUGACAGGUUGACUUCAACCCUAAGAUAAUGCCUCUAGUCCAGACAGGCUGGGUGACAGGUUGACUUCAACCCUAAGAUAAUGCCUCUAGUCCAGACAGGCUGGGUGACAGGUUGACUUCAGCCCUAAGAUAAUGCCUCUAGUCCAGACAGGCUGGGUGACAGGUUGACUUCAGCCCUAAGAUAAUGCCUCUAGUCCAGACAGGCUGGGUGACAGGUUGACUUCAACCCUAAGAUAAUGCCUCUAGUCCAGACAGGCUGGGUGACAGGUUGACUUCAACCCUAAGAUAAUGCCUCUAGUCCAGACAGGAUUACUUCAGCCCUAAAAUAAUGCAUCUAGUCCAGACAGGAUUACUUCAACCCUAAAAUAAUGCAUCUAGUCCAGACAGGAUUACUUCAACCCUAAAAUAAUGCCUCUAGUCCAGACAGGAUUACUUCAACCCUAAAAUAAUGCAUCUAGUCCAGACAGGAUUACUUCAACCCUAAAAUAAUGCAUCUAGUCCAGACAGGAUUACUUCAACCCUAAAAUAAUGCCUCUAGUCCAGACAGGAUUACUUCAACCCUAAAAUAAUGCCUCUAGUCCAGACAGGAUUACUUCAGCCCUAAAAUAAUGCCUCUAGUCCAGACAGGAUUACUUCAACCCUAAAAUAAUGCAUCUAGUCCAGACAGGAUUACUUCAGCCCUAAAAUAAUGCAUCUCGUCCAGACAGGGCUGAAGCAGGGACGUCGCUAAACAGAAUAUCCGGGGGCUCCGGCCUGAAGACCUGGGCUGACUCCGGGGGGGGAUUUGAUCCCUGCGCACGCUAGCAGUGAACGUUUUGCAGAAAUAUGACGCUAGGUUGCAUAUCUCACUGCUUUCUUCCCUGCGCUGUGCUCUCUUGACGCCAAUAAUCAACAAUUCAUAUUCCAUUGAAUUAAUACUAUGUCAAUAAAUUAUUUAUUAGCAAGUA